AUGAAGGGUCCAGACCCCGUGGACAACGCCGGCGAACGGCGGAUCCCGCAGGGCGGCUCCCUCCAGGAAUCUGAGUUUCGGCGGCCAUCAGUCCUGAACCCCAACGGUGCCGGGGGCCAAGAGAGCCCCCGGGCUUCAGUCACCACAGCGGAUACACCAGGGGCCCAGCGCGGCGAGGGCCCCCAAUAA